AUGAUGGCAGUCCUGGGCAGCGCCGGUCGCUUGAUCCAAUUUGCCAGGAGCAGUGUCAGUCUGAGUGUGAGGAGACGCUCCACUGCUGCUGCUGCGUUAGCCCAGACUGCAAGUCCAGAAACACAGGAGAACAGGAAACCUAAGACAGGCAUCCUGAUGCUGAACAUGGGAGGACCUGAGAAACUAGAAGACGUUCAUGACUUCCUGCUGCGGCUCUUUAUGGACACAGAUCUGAUGAAACUCCCUGUGCAGAAUAAGCUCGGCCCGUUCAUUGCCAAGCGUCGUACGCCAAAGAUCCAGGAGCAGUACAGUAAGAUCGGAGGAGGCUCGCCCAUCAAACACUGGACUUCCAUGCAGGGAGAGGGCAUGGUGAAGCUGCUAGACGAGAUGAGUCCUGAGACAGCUCCUCACAAGUUCUACAUCGGUUUCCGGUAUGUUCACCCACUGACAGAGGAAGCAAUCGAGGAGAUGGAGAAAGAUGGAGUGGAGAGAGCUGUGGCCUUCACACAGUAUCCUCAGUACAGCUGCUCCACCACAGGCAGCAGUUUGAAUGCCAUCUACCGUUACUACAGCAACAGAGGCGACAGGCCAAAAAUGCGCUGGAGUGUCAUUGACCGUUGGCCCACACACCCACUUCUGGUGGAGUGUUUUGCAGAACAUGUCAGUAAUGAGCUGCUGAAGUUUCCAGAAGUGAAGAGAGACGACGUUGUCAUUCUGUUCUCAGCACACUCACUCCCUCUGGCUGUUGUAAAUAGAGGUGACCCGUAUCCUCAGGAAGUGGGAGCCACAGUUCAAAGAGUCAUGGAGAGACUGGGACACUGUAACCCUUAUAGACUGGUGUGGCAAUCCAGGGUUGGUCCCAUGCCGUGGCUAGGCCCUCAGACGGACGAGGUGAUUAAAGGUCUGUGUGAACGGGGGAAGAAGAACAUCCUGCUGGUACCCAUCGCCUUCACCUCCGACCACAUAGAGACUCUACAUGAGCUGGACAUCGAGUACGGACAGGUGCUAGGAGAGGAGUGUGGUGUGGAAAACAUCAGGAGAGCAGAGUCGUUGAAUGGCAACCCUCUCUUUAUGAAGGCUCUGGCAGACCUGGUCCAGUCCCACCUGAAGUCCAACAAACCGUGUUCCCGCCAGCUGACCCUGCGCUGCCCACUGUGCACCAAUCCCACCUGUGGAGAGACCAAGGCCUUCUUCGCCAGCCAGGAACUCUCAUAGAAAUGCACAUGUACCAACAUGCACACUCUCUGAUGCCCCUCCUGCAGCAGGGCUACCUGUGAAGAAACAUAAGGCCUCAGUAAACAGAAGCUUCAUACAUACACACAAACACACACAGUUCCCCCAGCAAGAGUGUCAGUUACAUGGAAAAUGUAACAUGAAGACCAGACCAAAUGGUUUCUGCAAAUACAUUUUGUCAUUUGUUUUAUCUGCACGUUGGAUUUGAGGAGUUGUUGGUUUUGGUCUUUUCAGGAUUUGUUGACAUCAAGGAAAAUACUGAAUAUCCCCAGAUUUGUUCUUUAAAUGGGCCAAAGUCAACUCCAAAAUUUGACAAAUUCAGAAUAUUGAAUACAAAUUCAAUUUGAUGAAUGUCAAAAGAUGCUGUAUGAGUAUCUGUGAAGCACCAGUCGCUCAUUAAAUUUAAAAUUAACAUGCUGGCACUUAUAUAAACACUAGAGGAUUUGCAGAUGCUGUUUGAUGAAAGUCUGUCGACAAAAGAACUGACACUGCAGAAACUGCUCACAUCAUAUCAAAGCUACAGGAAAAAAGCCUUGCACUAGUUUAUUUUUUCAGUUUUUUAUUACGUUUCCCUUGCUUACAUUCCAUUCGCUUAGCCCCUGCCCCUCCAUCAGAAACCCUUUUUCUCUUCUCGCUGGUGCUAAAUGAUUAAAAGUCGAAUAUAACGACACCACCCUGCACAAGGGAUCUGGUUGGUUGGCUGUUUCUCUCCCCCGCCUUCUCACCUGUCACUUCAAGCCAUUGGCCCUCCUGCAAGUAACCCCUGCCCAGGCCGCUGCAAUCCCAGCAAUGUGAUUGGAGGAGGCGGAUGCUGUUCAAAAUGCUGCUGACUGAUAGAUGGGUACCAGUGAGUUUAAGAGAGAGAAAAGAGUGAUUAAGAGGGAAUUGUGUCGCUAUUUAAAGAGUUCUAGCGAUUAAGCUUUCGCUUUAGAUUCGAAAACGCAUCCAUUUAAUAAUGUGAAUGUAACUCAGUUAUUGUAUUAAUCCUCCAUCUGUGUUGGUGCGGAACAGAGCUAUCGUUUUAAAAAGAAAAAACGGAGUGCAGCUGUAUUCCAGCUGAGAGAAGAAAAAAAGUGUCAGGGUUCGGGACCUCUCAGGGUGUCAUGAAAUAAUGUUGUAUGUUGAGAAGGUUUACGAGCAAGGAGAAAUACGUUGUUACAAAUUCAUGAACAUGUUUACUAUUACACUGGUUUUUGCUAUUUUCUCUGUUGAAAUAUUGAUCAUUUUGAACCUCUUGUCCUCCACUAAUAACAAAUCACAAAAUUAAAAGGGAUAAUUAAACUAUUCAUCUCUUAACAUA